AUGAUAGCAGUCUCAACGUAUUCUAUUUCAACUAGGAGCGCACGGAACACCAUCUUUAUUCGAGUAAAUCAAACACAGCAGCAGCAACUUACAAACCAAAAUAUUAUCUCGUAUCCAAGAAAAGCAAUAAAGUUCUGCUAUCCAAGCAACGUCAGACCACCUGCAGCAAAUAAUAUUGAGAGUGGAAUUAAUGUUUAUUUUCGUAAGUACGCUCAAGUUAAUGUUUUGCUUCAUCGAAUUUGUCUACUUAAACGCAAUAUGAAACUCCUAAUCGUCGCCGCCGCUUGCCUCGCCCUGGCCGUCGCUGGUCCAACCCGCGGGAUCCUGGACCCCGAAAGCGCCGGUCCUAUCGUCAAGGACCCCGAAAACAUCAAUCUUAACCCAGCUCUAGUCCCCGAAAACAUCAACGUAAACCCAGCUCUGGUCCCCGAAAACAUCAACGUCGGUCCAGCUCUAGUCCCUGAAAACAUCAACGUCGGUCCAGCUCUAGUCCCUGAGAACAUCAACGUCAGCCCAGCUCUAGUCCCCGAAAACAUUAACGUAGGUCCCGCUAUCAUCGAUGACGCUCAGCCCCAGGGAGCUCUCAUCCAAGUCAUCAUCAACAUCAACAACAAGAACCACGUCGUGGAUAUUCCAGUUGAUGUGCCAGAAAACAUUAACAAUGACCCAGCUAUCGUUCCUGAGAUCAAGCCCGACCCUGUCAUCAUUGCAGAUGAAGCCAUCAAUGUUGCAAAACCAGAGAUCAAACCAGUGCCUGCCCCCGCUGACAUUAGUCAGCCCGAGGUCCCCGUUGUCCCCUCCCCAGCUGAUAUCGGCAAGCCUGAGCUUCCCUCCCCAGGUCUUGACGCAGAUAAUGCUCAAAAUGUCCCUGAUGACAUGAACUAA